AUGUCUAUCAAGGACUCAUCUCGCCUCAAUAUCGCUCUCGUUGCUGAGCGAAGAUCACACUAUCUCAAACUUGACUACAGUGAUGAGGAAUGUGCAGCUCUUACCCACGAAGGUGAGAUUGAUGCCGUUGCGGCCGCGCUCCAAAGCCUGGGGCAUCAUGUCACGCUCGUUCUGGGGCUGCCUUCCCUGGCCGAGCACCUCGUGACUGGGAGCUUCGAGAACUGGGAUCUAGUGUUCAAUUUGGCACAGGGCUUCAACGGACCUGCGAGAGAGGCGCACGUCCCUGCUCUGCUGGAGGCCUACUCGAUCCCGCACACCUUUUCUGACACUGCAACCAUGGCAUUGUGCCAGGACAAGAGGAACACAAAGGCCAGUGUUAUUGUUUUGAACCACCACGGUGUACCUACCGCGCCUUUCACGGUCAUCCCAAGAGACAAAUUAAGCAUACCUACUGUAUCCCUCCCAAAAUACCCUCUCUUCGCCAAGCCCGUCGCGGAGGGCUCCUCGAAAGGAAUCGACAGAUUCAACAAAGUCAACAAUGAUGCUGAGCUUGAGUUGGCCAUCCAGAAGCUCAGAACCACGUUCCCCGACCAAGACAUACUGGUGGAGAGGUUCCUGGCCGGUAGGGAGUUGACGGUGAGCAUCUUGGGGACCGGUUUCGACGGCCGCGUCAUCGGCAUUAGGGAGCACCUUUUUAAGCGGAACGGGCCGGAUGACGAUGACUUGGAAGACUUUGCAAGCUGGAGGGGCAAGCUGAGUAACGAAUGUCGGCUGCGUUAUAAUGAUGUGCAUGACAUGGACGAUCCUCAGUUACAGGCUGCCAGCCAAGUGGCGUUGGACGCUUGGGCGGCGCUGGGCUGCCGCGACGCUGGACGCGUUGACAUUCGUUUCGACACUGAAGAGGCCGAUGCCGUUCCAAACGUGAACCCGAUUGCCGGUCUACUUCCGGGCCAUUCACCGCUUCCCGCGAGCGCAGAGGUGAAUGGACUCGCGUUUGAAUCGCUGUUGACGGCCAUCUUGCAGAGUGUCCUCAGCCGCACUACUCCAGGCAUUGCAGCUCGCCGUUAUCAACAGCAGCAAGAGCUCCGAGCCAGGGCAGCAGACGCGACUUCCAUCUGGCCGUCUCUCAUGGGGACGGAUUGA